AUGACAGUAAUUAUAGCAUCGUUAUUCUUACCAUAUACAGUUCAUUUUGAGAUUGAUACUGCGGAAGUACAAUCCAUUCCGCAGGAUACAGCAACAUCUGCUCAAUCUACUUCAACACCAAGUACAACUGCAUCAUCGACUCAAUUGUCUAUUCUUCCUUCGUUAUCAAAGCAACCUAGACCCGCAGCUGCUAUUCCAGAUAACAAGCAAUUUGAACGUUCCGAUACCCCAGAAGGGUUCUUUUACAAUAAAAGAAACUCUGCCAAAUCCGAACACCAGUUUAUCCAGCCAAUAUCAAAAAUCAGCAAAAUGGAAAGUUCUGUUGUUGAUUCCAAAAAGCCAAACGAAGGUAUGGGUCUUCCUGGAUUUAGCAGAUCACAAGUUAACUUGGCAAACUCGACUCCCAACUUGGCACGUGUUGCGAAACCACUAGCACCACCUCCUUUGAACCGGGGCCGCAGCUCAUUUAGUAAAGCGUUAUUCACUUUUCAUGGAAACAGCAGUGCCACCUCUUUGUUGUCUGAGGAUGGUACUGCUGAUAGCAGCCCUGUUAUUUUGCCUUCGAGUUUGGAAGAUGAUUUUGAUCAAAAUUUCCACGAUAUGGUGCAUGGGAAAUCCAGAUUGGCCCCGUUUGGUGGGUUCUCUAGACCGGGUGUUGAAUCACAAUUUCUUUCUGAAAAAAACAUUUUUGAUGUUGCCCCGUGGACGAUUGUUCCGCCUGACAAUGGUAAUGGCUCCUUAACAAAGGCGGUAAAUGUUUCAAUAGACUCAGGAAUUAUGGAUAAAGCAAAAUGGGUGGGUAUUGUUGCCAUGCCAAGCGACGAUGUGUCGCUACGAGUUAAAUCUGAAAUAUCGCAAAAAUUGUCGGCAGACUACGAUUGUGAAGCAGUGUUCCCAGACGAUGUUACGUUUGAAGGGCAUUACAAGUCUUUCUGUAAACAAAUCUUGUGGCCAACAUUACAUUACCAGAUUCCCGAUGAUCCUAAAUCCAAAGCGUUUGAAGACCAUUCGUGGGGACACUAUGUGCUAAUGAACCAAUUGAUUGCAGAUAAAAUAGUGGAAACAUACAACGACGUGAAUGAUGAAGAGACAACUGUAUGGAUUCAUGACUACCACUUGUUAUUAGUUCCCAAGAUGGUUCGCGACAAGUUGCCUAAUGCAAAAAUCGGGUUUUUCUUGCAUGUGUCUUUCCCUUCUUCAGAAGUUUUCCGUUGUUUUGCUCAAAGAAACCAGUUGUUGGAAGGUAUGUUGGGCGCAAACUCGAUAGGAUUCCAAACCAACGAAUAUGUUCGUCAUUUUUUGCAAACGUGUAAUCGGUUGUUAUUGGCCGAUACAAGUGAACUGGGAGUCAAUUACCAGGGCAACUUUACCGUGACAAGCACAAUCCCCGUUGGUAUAGAUGCCUAUUCCGUGAGAGAAAAUGUCCACACAGAACAAGUCACAGAAUGGCGGAGCUUGAUCAAGGAAAGAUGGAAAGAUCAGCAUUUAAUUGUCAGCAGAGACAAGUUGGACAAGUUAAGAGGAAUCAAGCAAAAACUUUUGGCUUACGAGAUGUUUUUGACAGAUAACCCCGAAUACAUUGAAAGUACAGUAUUAAUUCAAAUAUGCAUUGGGUCAGCUCAAGAUCCGGAUUACGAGCUGGAGAUUAUGAAGAUUGUUUCAAGAAUCAACUCGAUGCCCGAGAACAUUUCGGUUACACAGCCGGUGGUUUUAUUGCAACGAGACAUUGGUUUUGAUCAGUACUUGGCGUUGUUAUGCGAGGCAGAUGUUUUUGUGGUUAGUUCUAUGAGAGAGGGCUUAAACUUGACCUGUCAUGAGUUUAUCACUGCCACUGAAGAUAAAAAGUCUCCCUUGAUGCUUUCUGAAUUCACGGGAUCUUCGAAUUUGUUACUGUGUAAGGGAGAAGGUGCAAUUUUGAUAAACCCAUGGGAUAUUAAAAAGUUUUCGGAAACCAUCAAGACCCUGUUGACAAUGCCUACUAGUGAAAAAGAGUUACGUUGGCACAACUGCAAUCAAAUUGUUCUUACGCAUGAUUCGAAACAUUGGGUUACCAGCUGCUUGAAUUCAAUUGUGAACUCUUGGAAGAUCGAUCAUAAAAAGAGUGGCAACUUAGUUCCUUUUACAAAAAAUGCAUUCAAAGAUUGGUGUAGUGUGAAUGGUAAGAGGUUGAUUAUUCUUGCAUUAGAGAUUUCUUCAGCGGUUUCAAAUUCGAGAGGCAAUAGUGCUGGCUCUACAUCUGGCAAGGUUAACGUGAUUGAUCCUUCGGGGCUCGUGAGAUUAUUGUCCGACUUGGUAGAAUCUCAAGACACUUUUGUUUACUUAUUGUCUUAUUUGCAAAGGUCGGAUUUGGACAUUAUGUUCAAGAGAUACCCUCAAAUUGGUCUUAUUGCGGAAAAUGGUAAUUUUGUUAAACUCAUUGGUGCCAAAAAUUGGAUAUCAUUAGCAGACAAAGACGAGUUGAACAGCUGGAUGCCAGAAAUUGUUAAGCUUGUUGAGUCAAAAGUGGAAAGGUUGCCAGGAUCAUUUUGUGAAGCUUUAGAUGCAACCGUUCGUUUCCAUGCUGGGAAAUCUUUUUCUGAAGAUCGAGAGAGAUCUUUGGAUACAAUGGGUGAAACAAUCCAGCACAUCAACACGUUAUUUGAGCACAAUGGAGUACAUGCCACUUUGGUGAGAAACCUGGUGAUUGUGCAAAAGGACCAAAUCAGUUUGAAAGCCAUUCGACUUGUACUUUCAUGCCACAACUCCAAUCUCGAUCAAAAGUAUGUCGUGACCCAUAUAAACGAGUUCCAGCAGCCCAUGAAGGAUGAUAUUCCUUCAAAUGACCAUGAAGUUGCUGCUGUACUUUACAGUGGGGGGCUCACCUCUAUUGAUGAAGCAAACUACGAGUAUGUGAACAGUUUGAAGAAGGAUAUCGGUAAUACUUUGACAGUAACCUUAAUAUCGUCAUCAAACGAGGAAACAAAGACUGCUGCUACAUACGGAGUAAGAGGUAUUAAUGAAUUGCUUUGUAUAUUAAAUAGUUAG